AUGGCAGACGCAUCAGACUAUCCCGACGACAUUCAAUUCGCCGGUCUCGUACAAGCGGCAACUGCAGCGGCCGACGAACAGACGCGCGACCCGUCGUCGCUCGGGAAGCGCAAACGAGAUGACCAUGUCAUCGAACACAUUCCUACACUAGACGAAGACGGCGUUGGUGAUGCUUCUGAUCCCGCAACCGCGUCGAGUCCUCCGCACCUCCAGAGUUCUGCAUCUGUCUUGUUCCGAGAACCUUCGUCGAAGAGUAGGAAACACAGCAGGCCGCCGCUUGGAAAGGUCUUUGCAUCUUUGGAGCUGGCUCCAGAGAACUUCUUGCGGCUCCAAACCGCUGCCAAGGCAUUCAUGCUGGACGAGGCGCACCCUGAGCGGAAAGAGGUUGUGGGACCCAAGAAAAAUGCAGGUGGCUCAGAUUUGGCCAAGUUAAACUUGUGGAAUUGCGUUGAAGAGUUCCUCUCCGUCCACGGCUAUGGGGAGAGGUAUUUCGCGCCAGGAGCAGGAGAGGGUAUCCCUGGGGCACCUCAAAGAACCAUAUUCUGGCCUCAGGACAGCCAGACCAUCAUCAAGCUAAUGAUGCCGCUGAUGAGGAAAAUGGUCACCAAUGAGCGCCAGCGGAUGUACGCCGCUGCGACCAGGAAACAAGGUUCGGCUAAAGAAUCGGGCGAGGAGCAGUCGCCAGCACCUGUGGACCAGUCUAUCAUGCCUGACCGCAAGGCUCCUGAGACAAGUUUUCCGGACCAAGAGAUUGAGGUUCAUCCACCUAUACCGGUGCAACAAGACAUCCCAAGCUUGUCGCCACAUGUGUCACAGCCGAGCACAACUUUCAAGCAAUCAGUCGUCCUUCAUGUCAACGUGGUGUCAAAUACUGGCGGAGCCCUGAGACGAGUGAUACCAAGGUUUAGCUUGACACCAGAAGCAGCGCCUAGUCUGUCAGCUUUGCUUGCCGAGGUGGAGAAAAGGUACACAUUGUCGGCGAGGUCGGGAGGUGCUCCUGGCGUGCAAAGCCGUCCCAUCGUCAAGGUGUGGCUCACCGAUGGCCUGGUCACAGUGGUUGAAGACGGAGAGUGGAUGGUUGCGCUGUUGAGCGCUGGGGUCGUUGACUGGAUGGACGGUGAGGUUCGAGUGCUCGUCGAAAUCUGA